AUGACAGCUCUAGCUCCAGUUCGUCUCUCGUGGAUCCGCGCAUCUUUCUACAGAUUUCCUAUGUUCCGUUUCUCCCUGCCAAGAGCACAUUUAGUUCAUAAUAAGACCAGAAACUUGUUUUCAACAGAUACUUUCACACCACUACCAAGAGAAGAAAUGCUUACAAAAUUUAAGUCCAGAAUAAAAGGCCGACCAUCCAUGGCAGGUUCAACCGGGGAAGGAUUCCCAGAAUUCCUUGCAGAGCCAAGAGAAUCAUUCCCCCAUGGCGUGCUCAUUACCAAUCCCCAGCAAUCCUCACUUGCUCAGCUGACGGCAAAAUGUAUGGAAUAUGUGGAAGAAAAUCUCAUACAGCAUCCCGCUAUUUUAUUUCGCAAUCUCCCAGCCCAAACCGAGAAGGACUUCUCUAUCAUUGCUCGGGAAAUUCCAGGAAAAGCCUUGACUUAUGAGGGAGGGGCCUCUUUUCGCCAAAGAAUUGACGAGAAUAUAGGAACAUACACCGCUAACAACGAUCCAGAUGAGAUAUCGAUAGAUCCGCACAAUGAAAUGUCAUACAACAAUGUAUACCCAUCCAAGGUAAGCUAUAUUAACAUUCAAGGCAGUUGAAGUUAUCUAAAUAAACCGUUGAGUUUUCAUGUUGCUACUAUGAGAACACUGUUAAGGCCUAAUAACACGAGAUUGUUGGAAAGGUGGGGGCGAUAUUCCGGCCAAUUUAGAAUCUUUUACACACAUCGCAAAUCGUGCCGGCGCGUUUGGCCGAGAGGGUUUCAGGGUUCGUACAGAGUCUUGAAUUCUUGAAAAAGUCUUGAAAUUUGAAAACCGAUAUUCCAUACCUGGAAAAAAUCUGGAAAAUAGAGAAAAAAUCUUGAAAAAUGGCAAAAGUCUGGAUUUCUUGUGCUUAAUAAGUGAAGCUUUUUUCCCCUUAAUCAAAUCUUAUUUAAUCUCGCCCGUAACCAAGACAUUUAAUCACAAAAUGAGAAAUUUAAGAGCCCUCUUAUGUACGCAUUGCACCCUAGUUUGCAAUGCAUCAUGAGAAAAGCGCAAUCCGUGCUUUUUUUUAGGUCCCUGUUGAUCACCUAUGUGAUAACCUUGAGUCUGGAAAAAGAAUUUAUUGUUUUUGAAAAAGUGUGGAAAAAGUCUCGAAUUUUGGAUCCAAAAAUCUGUCCGAACCUGGGGUUUGGUGCCCUUAAUCCCAGUCUUCAAUUCUGCAUCUUUACUUUCAUCUCAGUGGGUUCCAUUCCUCACUCUUACUUAUUUACCUCCGCGACGGGCCGAAUAGGUGUUCAAACUGUAUCAAAGUAUGGCAAAAAACCUAUCCAAUGUGUUACGCUCCACUUCCGAGAUCGGCCCCGCGCAGCUUCGCUCUGUCACAGAAAUCGCGCCGCCACAACCGUUCUUGUGUGUGAACAGAAGCCCUAUCUGGUAUGAUUUACGAGGCGGCACAAAAGCUGUCCGGGGUAGUGUGAACAUAGCCUUAAUCCCUGACUCUAUUUAAGGGAAGCAAAAAUGAAGAUCAGUGACAGAGCUGGAAAACAGCCGAUCGAGUAAACAGCCAACAUUUCACGACGCUAUCAAUUCCAUACUGAUGACGUAUCACUACCCAGAUCUGGGUACAACUUCUGAUUGGUUGUGCCCCGGGGGAAAAUUGCUUCAACCAACCAGAAACACUAUCCAGAUCUUGGUAGUGACACGUCAUCUUUAUGGAAUUUCUGCGCUCAUUCCUCAGACGUCAUUUCAUGGGGAAACCAGUCGUGAUCUGGACUUUCUUGUAACAUAAUGUUCUUUCUAGGCUGUAAAAAGGUCUUCCGUUUGUGUCAGAGUUGGUGUGAUUUCGGGGGAAAAGAUCAGGCAUGUCACAGUUAAAUCUACCUUAAUGCAGAUUAUCAACUGGUCAACGCUCUUUCGCCUUUCGUGGGGCAAAAAAAUACAACCUACCCCUAGAAAACCAGUUCGGAACUUAAACAAUAUCUCAAGUUUUAAAGGAAAGUCGCCGCCCACUUUCCGGGAAACUCUUCUUAAAUAGAUUGAAUCACAUUUGUCAUUACCGUAUAUAAACUCAUGUAAAUAUUUCUUAUUGUAACAGAUGUAAAUAGUUUUGCCCCAUUGUAAUUUUAUUAUUGUAUAUUACUUAUUCCUGUAUAUUAUGACAGAAUAGCCCCGUAUAGAGGAGUCGUAAUAAAGUGUAUGUUAUGUUAUGAUAUGUUAUGUCAUGUUAUGUUAUAUGUUAUGUUAUGAUAUGCUAUGUUAUGUUAUGUUAUGAUAUGUUAUGUUGUAAAAAAAUAACAAUAACAAUAAUUAUAAACUAGUAAUAACCAAAGGUUACGGAGUACGGGCGAAAACGAUCGAAGGUCAAAACGCUUUUGCUCAAACGCUGUGGUUUGCAUAAGUUGAGUGUGAUAGAUGGUCAAAACGUGUGUGAUCAGAUUGCGAGUGACGGAUAGUUCAAAUGCAAGUGAUCAAAUUGCGUUCUGUGCAUUUCAUUCAUUCUUAGUGAAAGUCCAAACGAAAGUAUACAUGCGCAUGCCACGCAUGCGUAAUAACAACCUCGAAAUUAGGAUUGCGGGCUCCUCUUGUCGCCGGCAAUUAUGUCUCCACGUAAAAAUAGAGAUAAAAAUAAAACUAAAUAAUAAAAUCUACAUCUACAUUUAUUUCUUCGGUAAAAUGUUAUGCUCUCGAUCUCCACCCCAGGUUUUCUUCUUUUGUGUCAAAGAACCCGCUGAUGGCUGCGGAGGUGAAACACCGCUGGUCAAAAAUAGUGACCUUCUCUCUUCACUGGAUCCUGACAUAGUGAGGAGAAUUGAAGAGAAACAGCUGCGAUACGUGUGCUAUUUGCCUGAUAAAUCCAACGCAGAAUACAUGAACUGGCAGCACUCUUUUCACACUGACAACAGAGAGGUAGACGAUUUUGUUUUAAAUUCCAUUUCACGGCCGGACGUACAAGAAAUGUAUUUUUCUACUCUUAUCAGUCGUUCAAGGGGGCCAAAUUCGUUAAAGAUGUAAACUUUGCUGUUAAGACCAUUAACAUGAAGGAAAUACUUUAAUUCCUAUUACGACUAAAUGACCGAGGGCUAAACUAAACAGAACGUAUAAUCUUGAUUAAUAAUGCCAAGAAUAAUUUCGCCUUUUGAGAGAGAGAUUCUUGAGUUCACCACGCAUCAGGCCCAGUCUAAAAACUCUUUUCAGAACGAAGUGGAUCGCGUGCAUUCAGUGAAAAGAUGUACAAAGGUGUGAUCCAUUGGACAAUAGGGGCAGAAUGUAGAGUCUUCUUUUUUCAUUUGAAACAAUAAACGUUUAGUGCGCAGGAUAUUGUGGAUAAUUUCACACUGAAACAUUGAUAGCUUUACCUCUAUAGUUACAGGAGUUACCUAAAAUGGCCUUGGAAGCGACAUGCUGGUUAUUGUAACCUGUUUGUUUAACGUUUCUUAGUUUGUAAGCUGUCUUUCACUGUUUGCAUUAUGUAUGUAACUAUCAUUUGUUUUUUAUAAGAAUAUUAUUUAUUGUACUGAAGUGUGAUGCGAGGAAUACUUGAAUAAAGUUGAAAAAAAUAAGAAGACAACAGAAAGCAGAGUUUGCGAUAGCCUCUCUCGCGCACCUAAAAGUUCGCCAAUGCCCUCAAGGCGCUGCUAAUCACUAUAGCGUGCUUACAAACAGUCCUGAAACUGACGAGAUUAGCUAUAAGAACCAAAUAGAAUCCAGAAUUCAAUUAAAUAAAUGCAGAAUCCACAGUGGUAAAAGAGCCGUGUCACGAAAUUUAUCAAAAUUCAAACAUUUGUAACUGCUGCCAAAUUGAGUGAAACAUGAAAAUAACUGCUCAAAACAUUAGAAGAAGGUUUAAAUAACAAAGAAAAUACAUAAGAAGGCACAGAUAGACAAACUUUGAAGAAGAUUAAAUCGGAUUGGAAUUGUGGUUUUUGAAAACUCGUUAGCCUAACAGUUUUUCAAACUUCACGUUUGUUAUGUGUAGUGCUGGAAACAAUGCUUGGAAGACAAAAUCAUUUGUUUUACAUUUAGCUGUGAUUUUGUUAGUUACAAGAAGUUUCUUCACUAACGUUGAGUUCCAUAGCGAACAAGGGUCACGCGUAAUUGAAAAUAUUAAAAAAAUGAAUAGCCGUCACGCAGCCCCUUUAAUUUUCAUUUCCUUUUUAUAAUGUCUCAUAGGUUGUGGAAACCAUAGCAAAAGAACAAGGCAGGAAUUUCACAUGGGACCCAAGCGGUGAUUUGUACCUAUGGCAAAACAGGCCUGCCUUUAUAUAUCACCCAGUCACUAGAAAGAAAACUUGGUUUAAUCAAGCUACGACACACCAUGGUUCCUAUUACCGUCUACUGCCGGGAGGAGACAAGAUCCAAGAAAAUCAAUAUCCAUCCCACACAUUUUACGGCGAUGGAAGCGAUAUCGAGCCCGCAGUAAUACAGCACUUACUCGCCACUGCCUGGUCAUGCGCAGUAGGGUUCAAGUGGAGAAAGGGAGACCUCUUGGUGCUCGACAACUUGGCAGUACAACAUGGGAGGCUUGGAUUUGAAGGGGACAGAAAGCUUUUGGUCUAUAUGACAAACUGA